AUGAUAAUAACAAGUCACCUUGAUGGCGACAAACCGUCACACGCAGGAGAUAACAAUGGUCAACUCAUCAUGUGUAUACCCGGAUGUGGUGGUACAGGAAAAUCACAACUUAUUCGUACUGUGACUGAAUAUUUUCUUGUUACAAACAGAAUACAAAAGAUGCGAAAGCUAGCACCUACUGGAAUUGCAGCCGCUGAAAUUGGUGGUAUGACUAUCCAUUCAUUCUUAGAAAACAAAAAGAAAUUUAAUAAACUACCUUCGGAAAAAGAAAUACAACAGCGUGUUGCGCGUUCAUUAAUUCUACAAAUGAAUUGUGUGGUGAAACUUACUCAACAGAUGCGAACAGAAGAUCUGCGAUACCUUCAAUUACUUGAGCGACUUCGUGAAGGUCAAUGUAAUUUUGAAGAUUAUGAAUUAUUAUUGACGCGCGUUGUCGGAGAGUCAUCAGUAUCACUUCGUGAACCACCAUGGAAUCAAGCUCCGAUGCUUGUAUUUAGAAAUGAAAUAGGAACGCAAUUGAACCACAGAUCAGCAAUUCAUAAUGCAGUAGAAGUCGGUACCAAUCUAAUGGUAUGUGUUGCUCAGGACUUUUGUAAAGGCAAACCUGUGGAAGAGCCGGCACUCCCUAAAAAAUUAUUGCAAUUAUCUGACAGUAAGACUGAGCACUUACAGGGAUUGUUACCGUUAGUUCCUGGAAUGCCAGUUAUUAUUACACAAAAUAUUGCUAUUGAACUGGGAUUAAUUAACGGCAUGAAUGGAAUUUUUAGACAACUAGUCUAUGAUCUUGACUCAGUGUCAACAGACAGUCUGUCAAAAACGUUUCCAGUGAACACCCAAUAUGUGCACAAGCCAAUAUAUGCAUUGAUCAAAAUAAGCAAAUCCAAAAUUGAGUGGAAUCUUGAAAAGCUUCAACCAAAACUCAUUCCAAUAUCAAUAAUGGAACAAACCUUUCAGCGACGUGCAUUACCUCUUGUAUCCGCCUAUUCUAUUACAACUCACAAAAGUCAGGGACAAACUUUAAACAAAGUCGUUAUUGAUUUGAAACUAUCAAAGGAUACAGAUGACAUCGCUACAAUCUAUGCACCAUUAUCAAGAGUGAAACGUUUAAGUGACUUAAUUAUUUGGCGACACUUUGAUUACAAAGUCUUGCAGAUCAAACCCAGUAAAUCUCAAGUUGCCGAGAUCCAAAGACUAGACAAACUCUAUAUGGAAACUCAGAAGCGUUUCUCAGAAUAG